GAGUAAUAAUCGCGAUCAUAUCCUCAGAAGCAUCAGUUAAUGUUCUCUGUCAUACAGGACAUUUCAUAAUCAGGACCUUCAGUCGCAGCUGCUCCAGGCUUGUAUAUGUGGUUGUUUUGACGGAGCCAGAUUUUGCAGGAGGAGGAGGAGAAAGUUUAGAGUGGGAGGCUAAAAAGUCGCAGAUGCAGUCAGAUGCGCAACUUUUUGUGAAUGAAAACGGAGAAGCGGGUUUGCGCCUGCUCUGUCCCAGACAGGCGCUUACGUCGCCGCCGGACACUGAGUGACCAUGACCUUGGACUGCGUACUCAUGGAGGAGACGGAAAUAGACGUGGAGGGACAGACAGACGGUUGUAGUGAAGAUGUGAGGAGCACAUAUUUGUCACUGUUAGAUAAGAAGAAUUCAGACUUGGAGCAAACUUCAUCCUUCGCUCCUGAAGUGCAGGAGGUGGGAGACCUCGCUGUCCGGCUGCAGGAUGGUCCAGGCAAGAGAACCGCCUCGGUGAAGCCCCCGUACUCGUACAUCGCUCUUAUCACCAUGGCCAUCCUCCAGAGCCCGAAAAAGAGACUGACCCUCAGUGAGAUAUGUGACUUUAUCAGCCAGCGCUUUGUGUAUUAUCGGGAGAAGUUCCCUGCGUGGCAAAACUCAAUCCGUCACAACUUGUCUCUAAAUGACUGCUUUGUCAAAAUGCCCCGGGAGCCUGGGAAUCCCGGGAAGGGAAAUUAUUGGACCUUGGAUCCCAUGUCGGCUGAUAUGUUUGAAAACGGGAGUUUUCUUCGGCGGAGGAAACGCUUCAAGAGGCAACAUUUUUAUUUGGAAACGCUGAAGGACUCCAGGGCGCAGGAGCGCAGCCUGAUGCCUGUUUGUCCUCUCCUGGGAGCGCACAGGAUGGCCCCAUGUCUCCAGGGUCCUGAUGUGUGCGGCGAUCUGGGCUCAGGAAGCCGUUUAAGUUCCCACACUAGUUCCGACAUCCCACCUGUACGCAGCAUCAUACCUGCGCUCUCCUCGCUCCUCUCCAAGAAUUUCCCCUCUUGUUUAACCUUCGAACAUUUCGACCCGGGUCGCUGCGUCGUUGUCCCCCCUUUGGCUCCAAACUCCUCGUUCAUGCCCCCGGUGUCGCUGCACGGAAUGAUGGGCCUACCCAGCUAUCCUGUUCUUCAGCUGUCCAAUUUUCCUACCGGGGUCAUUAAAAUUUCGUCUAAUUUAAUUUAAUUUAAUGCAAUGAUGCUUCUGCAUGUCUUCAACCCAAGGAGAAUUGAAUGGAAUCGUAUCCCCCUCAAUCCACAGAAUAAACUCAUGGUACUUUAUAUUAAAUAGUAGCCUACAGAUUUUAGUGAUAGCCCAUGCUUGCAAACGGGCCAGUAUUUUUUUUUUUUUAGCAAUGUGUUUGCUUGAAGCAUAUGUUUUUGAAUAACUGACAUUUUACAGCUCUUAAAAUGUUUCGAAUAAAAAGUGAUUGGAUUUGCACCGUGUCCGUGCAAUUUUAAUUAAAUGUCACAGGGUUUACCAUUAUAGAAACUAAUAAUGUAGGUUUUAACCUGUAUAAUUAGCUACUUUUUGACAUUAUGAUUGCUUGAUUUUAUUUGUUUUUUUUUGUACAAUCUCAAGCGGAGCAGAAUGAGAAUCAUACAAUACAAAUUAGGGUCCACUGAUUGCAUAUUCCUAAUAUAAUAUAUAGCUAAUAAUAACAAUAAUAAUAAUAAUAAUAAUAAUACAAGAAAUAAAAAGUAGGCUACCCAGUGUGCUGAUAUGUUAGAGUUAGAUCCACCAAGGCUACUGUUGAAUUUAUCCAAUAGACCUAUACAGAUUUGCACAAACGAAUCUGCACUCGGCUGAUUUUAAGAGAGGAAUAGAAAUUGUUCAAAUGUGACGACAUCGCUUGGAUUUUAUUUUGCCGUGGAUGAUUGAUCUGCUUUGUUAUAAGUUCUUAGUAAGCGCAAGAGAUCACAAAAGAUCUGAGCAUGCAUGGGGGCAAUUAUUCUUUCCCUCCCUUGUGUAUUGAUUAUUAUUGGGUGUGUGUGUGUGAUUUCUUCUACAUCAUGUUUGAAGGAGGUCCCGCUUUAUUCAGAACAGGCAUCCAUGUUACAACACGCGCUGGUCUGCAGUCUCUGUUGCUUAAAUAAGUAGCACAUGGCAUCAAAACAUAUCAAACACAUCUGGUCAUCUGGCCUGGAGGUGUUAUUACAAGUUAAAACUAUGGCACUGGAUUUCCUCGGAUGUAGGCCUACUUUGUGCUGUGUUUUGUCAGGUGGAAACAGAGAGCGUGUGGAGGAGGAUUUGAGAUCCUUAAGUAAACACACCGCAACUAAAAAAUACACAUCAAUUUGAUAUAACUAUAUAACUAUAUAGAUAUAGAGUAAUGAAUUGAAUGAUCAAAAGGGUGCUUUCAGAGUUAUGCAUUUGUGUAUAUUAUCACUAUUUUAAUGUUGUACCUUCAAGUGGAGUUUACCUGUCAGAUGCAUCAAGUGUUUUUUAAUUAAUUUUAAUGCUAAUAGUAAUUUGUGAAGUACAGACACCA